CCGGCCUGAGAACACAUCGCGGCUUCGGCUGAACCACGAACCGUAUCUCUUGCCAUGAAGCAUCCGGCGUCCAUCUCUCUCGUUCUCGUCCUCCUCGCAGUCGCGACGGCGUCUGCUGGCGCCAUGGACGGCGGCGGCGCGGCCAAUUACCUGGUCUACGUCGACCCCCACCCCCCGGGCGUCGACUGCCAGAAGUACCAGCUCGGCAUCCUCGCCGCCGCCCUCGGCGGUGAGGAGAAGGCGAAGGCGGCCAUGGUGUACAACUACAGGAACGUCAUGAGCGGGUUCUCGGCGAGGCUGACGCCGUCGGAGCUGGAGGCCGUCAAGAAGCAACCUCAAGUGAACCGGGUGCUGCCGAGCGCCACGCUAUCGCUGAUGAGCAGCAACUUCGACGGCGUCAGCUAAUUUAUCUCAAUCCUGCCGGCGAGCCGGCGACCAAUCUCUUCCCUCGCCAAACAUAAAAAGAAGA